AUGUACCGACCGACGACCACCUGGACGUGGGCCUUCUUCCUCACUGCGUUACUACAGGCCAUAGUCGCCCUCGCGCUGGAAGCGUACAUCUUCGCCAAAUUCCAGCUGUCUCUGCACAAGAAUGCGGAUAAAUUCCCCCAGGCGCAGACCAUCCCCACCUAUCUUUCCGUCUUCAUGUUCGGCUACAUCUACCAGAUGGUUCUGGUCUACGAUGCCCUCCGCCUCAAGAACACCAUCCAGGUCAUUGGUCUCUGCAUCUACAACAUCGGUAUCCUGGUCUAUGCCUCGAUCCAAAUGGACCAGAUCAACGAUGCCGUCAUGGAGCUGAAGAAGUACAACAUGAUCAACCUGGAGUUCUGGGACGAUAUCAGGCCGUUCCUCGUUGUCGAGCCUUGCUUGAUGGCCUUUGGCACCAUCCUCAUGUCCUUUGUUGCCUGGAAGCUCUAUGACGAAUUUGCCUGGACCAUCUACAAGCACAUUAGCGCCGACCUGAGGCUGAAGCGUAGGUAUCUGACGUAUCAGAUCUACAUCGCCCUUCUGAAGUUCGAUUUCUUCUUUUUCCUGGGCUUCACCGUGCAGUUCCUUGUCGUCGUUGGCAACACGACGGAUGCCGAGUUCUACCUCACUAUCGCCGCCAUUCCGAUCACCAUCAUCCUGCUCUUGCUCGCCGCUUACUGGACCCAGAAGGAGAAUGUGCUGGGCAUGGCCGCAAUUAUUACCGUCUACUUCGGUGCGCUUGCCUACUUCCUCUUCAAGCUCGUCCGCAUGUACGGGUCCGACACCGGUCGCGUUAACGAUUACCUGCCCGCGCGCCGUUCGCUCACCACUUUCGCCGUCAUUACCAUCCUCUUGUUGCUGGUGACCAUCAUCAUUGCCUGCAUGUGCACACACAACUUCAACAAGGGCCUCAAGCCACAUAUCGCGAAACGCAAGGUGCCGGAUCUCGAGGAGCACAAGUACACGACCGAGAUGCCCGCAAUUGCCGGCCCCAUGCCGGCGAGGAUGACGAUUGACUGA